AUGGAGAAUGAGCUAACUUGGUGGGGUAACAGAGGUAGUGGGAUAAUUAGGGAAAAGUUGGACAUAUUUCUAAUUAAUAAUGAUUGGAAGCUUUUAUUCCCUGAGUAUGCUGCAUUUAGCCUGGGUUUCCUUGGGUCAGACCAUAGACCAAUCAUGAUGGAUCAUAAGAAGAAAAAUGCUAGAAAGAAUGUGUGGGAAAGGCAAAGCAAUCGAUUCCAUCUAGAGGAAGUUUGGACCACUUCAACUGAUUUCAAAGAAGUGGUUAAGGAGGAAUGGGAUAAGACUCAAAGCUAUAGCUGUGCCCAGAAUCUUAAGUUUAAACUCAGAAGAUGUGCUAUGGCUUUUAAAAGAUGGGGAAAAGCUAAAUUUGGAACUUUGAAAAGUGACAUUAAAAGGACGAAAGAGGAGUUACAGCGUAUUUUGAAUUCGUCAGAGGUAAUCAUUCCCUUUGACAAAGUUAAAAAGGUGGAAGAUCAUCUUGAAGAGUUGCUCCAGAAAGAGGAAAUUAUUUGGAAGCAAAGAGCCAAAGUAGAUUGGCUUGCGCAUGGGGAUAAAAACACAUGCUAUUUCCAUAGACGAGCUUGCAAGAGAAAAGCGAGAAACCUGAUCAGGGGGGUUAAUGAAUGA